AUGGCAUCUGCCCAUGCAUCGACAAAAUCAGCCACCCCUCGCAAUGGCUCCUUAACCUCCUCUUCAGGCACCUCCGAAGAAGACAUUCCUAGACCCAUAAGCCCCGGUCCUCGAUUUGAGCCCAUCCGCACAAGUACCUACACCAAUCGAGGAUCAACCUACACCAGUCGAGAAUCAAUGUUGGAGUAUGGGUUCCCAACAGAAGACGGGCCUGAAUUAGCUGAGAUUGCCACCAUUCUCUCCAGAGCGGAAUCUCUCGCUACAAGGCCUGUUGAAUCCAAGUCAGAAGAUGGAGCACCCCAGCUUAGGCGGCAGGACACUGUCGCAGGAAUGGAAUACAAUGAUCCCAAGUUCAACCCAGAAACUCCCGAAUUUGAUUUCUAUCUUUGGGCACGAAAGUUUCUGCAGACCAUCGAGAAGGAGGGAAUCAAGCAAAGGCGUGCUGGGUUUACGUUCAAGAACCUUACCGUUUCCGGCUCAGGGGCUGCCUUGCAAUUACAGAAGAAUGUCGCGUCGUUGCUGAUGGCACCUUUCCGUCUUCGAGAAUACUUCGGUGAUGCCCCAGAGAAACAGAUCCUGCGAAACUUCAACGGGUCGGUCAGAAGUGGAGAGAUGCUUAUCGUGCUGGGGAGGCCAGGUAGUGGUUGCUCGACCUUUUUAAAAUCCAUCUGUGGUGAGUUAGCAGGACUGGAAAUGGAUAAGAAGUCAGUGGUACACUACAAUGGAAUCCCACAAGAUCGAUUCAUCAAAGAGAUGAGAGGAGAUGUCGUCUACAACCAGGAGAAUGAAAAACAUUUUCCUCAUCUUACCGUUGGCGAAACCCUGGACUUCGCCGCUGCCGCUCGUACUCCUUCAGCACGAGUCCUGGGCGUGCCCAGAAAAGACUUUUCGCAAUACAUGGCAAAAAUCAUGAUGAACAUUUUUGGGCUGGGCCACACAAGGAAUACCAAAGUCGGGAACGACUUCGUUCGAGGUGUCAGUGGUGGUGAAAGAAAACGAGUCAGUAUUGCAGAGAUGGCUCUGGCAGGUUCCCCUUUGGCAGCCUGGGACAACAGUACUCGUGGUUUAGAUGCAGCUACUGCUUUAGAGUUUGUUCGAUCUUUGAGGGUCGCUUCGAACAUUGCAGGUUUCACUAAUGCAGUCGCGAUUUACCAGGCUUCUCAGAGCAUAUACGACCUUUUCGAUAAGGCCAUUGUCCUUUACGAAGGCCGCCAGAUUUACUUUGGACCAGCUGACGCCGCGAGAGCGUAUUUUGAGAGCAUGGGCUGGGUUUGUCCACCCAGGCAGACAACUGGCGACUUCCUCACUUCCGUAACAAAUCCUCAGGAACGAAAGGCUCGCGAUGGGUUCGAAAACAAGGUUCCAAGAACUGCUGAUGAAUUUGAGAAAUACUGGCUCCAGUCAGAGAACUACCAGUUAUGUUUACAGGACAUUGCUGAAGCCGAGGAGGAGAAUCCAGUCGGAGGCGGUGCGUUGGACGCAUUCCGUGAGUCUAAGCAUCAAGCUCAAGCAAAGCACGUCCGACCGAGGUCACCUUACACGAUCAGCAUUCCCAUGCAGAUCAAGAUUUGCACGAUUCGCGCGUAUCAGCGGCUGUGGAACGACAAGGCGUCGACAUUGACGACAGUGAUUGGCCAGAUUGUGAUGGCUCUCAUCAUUGGUAGUAUUUUCUACGGCACUCCUCAAAGCACUGGCUCAUUCUUCGCCAAAGGCUCCGUCCUUUUCUUUGCUGUCCUCUUGAAUGCGCUUAUUGCAAUCACGGAAAUCAACGGACUUUAUGACCAAAGACCAAUAGUUGAAAAGCACGUCAGCUACGCCUUCUACCAUCCUUUCACGGAAGCCCUCGCGGGGAUAGUCUCGGACAUUCCAGUCAAAUUUCUCAUCGCAACGUGCUUCAACAUUAUCCUAUACUUCCUGUCUGGACUGCGAUAUGAGGCUGGUCCGUUCUUUGUGUUCUUCCUCUUCAACUUUGUUGCAAUGUUGACUAUGUCUGCCAUCUUUCGAACUAUAGCUGCCGCUACGAAGGCGAUCUCCCAGGCAUUAGCUAUUGCUGGAGUACUGGUUCUUGCUAUAGUGAUAUAUACCGGUUUCACGGUACAAAUCAGCUACAUGCAUCCCUGGUUCCGCUGGCUCAACUACAUCAAUCCGGUUGGAUACGCCUUCGAAGCCAUAUUGGCCAACGAAGUUCACAACCAGCGAUAUGAAUGUGCUCCAACAAGCCUCAUCCCUCCUUACGGCACCGGCGACAACUUCCAGUGUGCUGUGGCUGGUGCUGUUCCAGGCCGAACGUCCGUUCUUGGUGACGACUGGUUGCGGUUAUCUUACGGAUAUAGCUAUUCCAACGUCUGGCGCAAUCUGGGAAUCCUUCUUGCCUUCCAAAUCUUUUUCUACUUCACAUAUUUGGUGGCAACCGAACUCAACGCCAAGUCAACCUCUACAGCCGAGUUUUUGAUCUUUCGCCGAGGUCACAUCCCCAAAUAUAUGGAGCGUGAAAGCAAGGACAUUGAGGCUGGUAAGGCGGACUCCGCCGCUGCUACAGCAGUGUCGUCCAACGAUUCUUAUCAAGGUGCGAAAGCGAGAGAAGUCGGCGCGUUGCCUGUUCAGAAAGACAUAUUCACUUGGAGAGACGUCACUCUUGACAUCAGCAUCAAAGGUGAGCCUCGAAGACUACUUGACCAUGUCUCGGGCUGGGUGAAGCCAGGUACGCUUACUGCUCUGAUGGGUGUUUCGGGAGCGGGGAAGACAACUUUGCUUGAUACGCUGGCUCAAAGAAGCAGUAUUGGAGUUCUUACAGGUGACAUGUUUGUCAAUGGCAAACCUCUUGACCCAUCCUUUCAACGGAAGACUGGGUAUGUACAGCAACAGGAUCUACAUUUAGAGACCACCACAGUACGGGAAGCAUUACGAUUCUCCGCCACACUUCGUCAACCGGAAUCUGUCUCCAAGGCUGAGAAAUAUGCUUUCGUCGAAGAGGUUAUCAAGAUGCUUAACAUGGAAGAUUUCAGUGAGGCGAUUGUCGGCAAUCCUGGCGAAGGUCUGAAUGUGGAACAGCGAAAACUAUUGACCAUUGGUGUCGAACUUGCUGCCAAGCCAGCUUUGUUACUGUUCCUUGACGAGCCCACGUCCGGUCUUGAUUCGCAAAGUUCUUGGUCAAUCAUCGCUUUCCUACGCAAGCUGGCGGAUAGCGGGCAGGCGGUACUGUCAACCAUCCAUCAACCAUCUGCAAUUCUCUUCCAAGAAUUUGACCGAUUGUUGUUUCUCGCUAAAGGAGGCAAGACCGUCUACUUUGGAGACAUCGGCGAGAAUUCGAAAUCGCUACUUGGAUACUUCGAGAAUCAUGGGGCCCGAAAAUGUGAUGACGAGGAGAACCCGGCGGAGUAUAUGCUCGAGAUUGUCGGAGUCGGCUCACGGAACAAGUUGGACAUUGAAUGGCCAGAGGUAUGGACGAGUAGCCAGGAGAGCAAGGAUGUGCAAGCCGAGAUUGAUCGUAUUCAUGCCGAGAAACAAAGAGAAGCAGUCACAGAUCGUGGUGAAUCCACUGGCGAAUUCGCCAUGCCUUUGACUGCGCAGAUUUACGAAGUUACUCUCCGAGUUUUCCAGCAAUACUGGCGAACUCCGUCUUAUGUUUGGGGCAAGUUUACGCUUGGGCUCGCUUCGGCUCUCUUUAUUGGUUUCUCUUUCUUCCUUCAAAACACCUCUUCGGCUGGGCUACAGAACACCCUGUUCGCCAUUUUCAUGUUAACAUCCAUCUUUUCUACUCUUGUUCAGCAGAUCAUGCCCCGGUUUGUGACUCAGCGCUCUCUCUACGAAGUGCGUGAACGCCCUUCCAAAGCAUACUCGUGGAUCGCCUUCCUCGUGGCCAACAUCUCCGUCGAGAUUCCUUAUCAAAUCCUCCUUGGCAUCCUCGCCUGGGCCGCCUGGUACUUCCCAGUUUUCGGAGACAACCAAUCGGCCGAACGCAAGGGCCUCAUGCUCCUCUUCUGCAUUGAGUUUUUCCUCUUCGCCUCUACUUUCGCACACAUGGUCAUUGCCGCCUUGCCCGAUGCCGAAACUGCAGGCAAUAUCGCCACCCUUCUCUUCAGCAUGGCACUAACCUUUAAUGGCGUCAUCCAAAACCCCAAUGCCCUCCCCGGCUUCUGGCUCUUCAUGUACCGCGUCUCACCCCUAACAUACCUCAUCUCUGGGUGGGCCAGCACAGGCCUAGCAGGAAAAGCAAUCGAUUGCGCCGACAACGAACUCGCACAGUUCAACCCCCCAGCUAACCAGACCUGCGGCCAAUAUCUUGCCGACUACAUCUCUGCCGGCGCAAUCGGCCAGCUCCAAAACCCGGAAGCCAGCUCCGAUUGUCGCUACUGCCCUCUCAGCAACUCGGAUCAAUACCUCGCCGCCGUCAAUAUCAGCUACGACACCCGCUGGCGCGAUUUCGGCAUCGGGUGGGCAUAUGUCGUCUUCAACAUUGCGGCGACGGUGUUGCUAUAUUACAUGUUUAGGGUUAAGCAUUGGAGUCCCGCAAGUCUAGCCAAGGGACCCGCUGUGUUGGCCGACAGGUUGGCGAGGCUUGGUCGCAGGAUCUUUACGAGACAUGCGGAGCCGACACCGAGAGGGAAGGAGGAUGUUAAUCAUAGGAUUUAUUGA